AUGGUGGAUAGACUAGGUAAUUUUCAUAUAUUUUUUAAAGCUUAAAAAUCUUAACAAAAAAUAAUUUCAGUUAACUCCGAGGUGAAUGCGCGGCGUAUGGCGAAUGUUGAACAAUGUUUCGGAAAAAUGGGCGAACCUCUCAAUCAAUUUGGAAGAGUUUUGGUUGGCGAAGGAGUUUUGGUUAAAAUGUGCCGGAAAAAGCCUAAGCAACGGCAGUUUUUUCUUUUCAAUGAUAUUUUGGUUUAUGGGAAUAUUGUGAUUUCGAAAAAACGGUUAGUUUUUUAUAUUUGAUUUCCCUUUUGGAUAAAAAUGAAAAUUCGUAUUUUUGAAGUGACUUCAAACUUCCGAUUUUUGAAUCUAGCUCAAUUUUAUGGCUAAAAAUAAGAAUCGAAUUUUUGAAGUUACUCCGAAUUUCUGAUUUUUUUAAUCUAGCCUAUUUUAUGGCAAAAAUUGAGAAUCGAAUUUUCGUAGUGACUCCGAAUUUACGAUUUCCUCAGCUAGCUAUAUUUUUAUCGCUAGAAAUGAGAAUCAAAUUUUCGAAGUUACUCCCAAUUUCCGAUUUUUUGAACCUAGCAUUUUUUUAUGGCUAAAAAUGAAAAUCGAAUUUUCGUAGUUACUCCAAAUUACCGAUUUUUUAAAUCUAGCUAAAUUUCAUGGGUUAAAAUGAGCAAUCGUAUUUUUUUAGUUUCUCAAAAUUUCCGAUUUUUGAAUAUCUAGCUCAAUUUCAAUGAUUUUUCAAUUUAUUUUCAGCUACAACAAACAACGUAUAAUUCGCCUGGAAGGUGUCCAAUUGGAAGAUGUAGAAGAUGAUGGUGGAGUGAAAAACGGAUGGGUCAUCAAAACACCCGCAAAAUCAUUUGCAGUUUAUGCAGCAACUUCGACAGAGAAAAAAGAAUGGAUGCAACACAUUCAAAGAUGUGUUAGUGAUUUAUUAGAGAGAGGAAAUAAAAGAGCUGCAACUGAACAUGCAGCGGUUUGGGUACCUGAUGGAGAAGCUGCCAAAUGUAUGGAAUGUGGAAGAACACAAUUUAAUGUGGUGCAAAGAAGAGUUAGUUUAUUAAUAGCUGAAAAUUUUGAUUCAAGAAAUUUUUUUGUGAAAAUAGUUAGGCUGAGAAUACCUCAUCUAAAUAAUAAGAAGAUUUUUUUCCAAAAAAAACCCAAAAUUGUUUUGGAACUCUCUAAAAAUUAUUCUAAGUUCUCAAUUAUUUUUUCCCAAAUUUUAUUUUCAAAAUUUAGGUUCAAAAAUUUAUAAAGCUUUCUAAAAUUUCCAAAAACAAUUUUUUUCAGAACCGUUACGUUUAAGCUGAAAAUGCCUAGUCUAAAUAACAAGCUGAAUUUUUUCUAAAUUUUUUCAGCGAAAAAAAUAACAAAAUGGUUUUGGAACUCCCUAAAAAUUAUUCUAAGUUCUCAAAUAUUUUUCCCAAGAUUUGUUUUCAAAAUUUUUAGUUAAAAAAUUUCCAACAAAAAUUUUUUCAGCACCAUUGCCGUAAUUGUGGUCGCGUUGUGUGCGGAAAUUGUAGCUCUAAAACGCACAAAAUUGAUAAUUUGAAAAAGAAACCAGUUCGAGUUUGUGAUACCGUAAGUUGUUUUUUGCCCUGUUCUUCACGAAUUUAAAUUCCAAUUUAUUUUUUCCAGUGUUUUUCCCGCCUCACUUCUUCUUCUUCUGGUCAAGACCCAUCAGUUUCUGGAACCGCUUCAUCUGAUAAUGAUCAGAAUCCCAAUGAUUCUUCAACUGAUAGUGAUGAGGAAGGUAACCACAAUGAUAGAUCAAUGGAAAGUAGAGUGAGUUGAAAUUAAUAUGAUUUUUCCAAAAAUAAUUUUUUUAUUUCAGCCAACUUUUUAUCCCGAACCACAAGACGAAACAUUCCCAAGUUCUUCAAAUGUUCAUCAAAUGUAA